AUGGAGUCUCCACCGUAUAAUGGUGGUGUGUUGUUUGGUGACGGCUUCGCUGAUUUGGUAUCUACGGCUACCACGGAACGUCUGUCUGAUAUAAAGGCAGAAGAUAUAGAGGGAGAAGAAGAGACGUAUGUGACUGAUAUAAAGGCAGAAGAUAUAGAGGGAGAAGAAGAGACGUAUGUGACUGAUAUAAAGGCAGAAGAUAUAGAGGGAGAAGAAGAGACGUAUAUGACUGAUAUGAAGGCAGAAGAUACAGAGGGAGAAGAUGAGACGUAUGUGACUGAUAUGAAGGCAGAAGAUAUAGAGGGAGAAGAAGAGACGUAUGUGAGGGGUGAUCAGCAGUGUAAGGAGGAGGAGAUCCCUACAGAUAUCAGCACAUCAGAUGGACACACAAGCAGGAAUAUCACAGAAGGACAUCUAAUGGUAUCCCCGGAUUGUGACAUAAAAGAUAAUGACAGUAGACCUGAUUCUCCAGGAGAUAACCCCAUUACCCCAAUUAUACAUCCAGCUCUAUCAGCUGAUCCCCCUGAUCAUGGGAAAUGUUCUCCUGAUCACUCUGAUAUUGGUGCAUCUGUUACAGCUCUGAGAGUAGAUACAGUGUUUCCCUGUUCUAUAGAUGCCAAAUGUUUUACACAGAACACAAAGCUUAUUACCCAUCAUCCAGCUAAGACAAGUGAGAGGCCACUGAUAUGUUCUGAGUGUGGGAAAUGUUUUACACACAAAUCAGCUCUUGAUAUACAUCAGAGAAGUCACACAGGUGAAAAGCCAUUUUCCUGUUCUGAGUGUAGGAAAUGUUUUCCACGGAAAUCAGAACUUGUUACACAUCAGAGAAGUCACACAGGUGAGAAGCCAUAUUCCUGUUCUCAGUGUGGGAAAUGUUGUGCAUAUAAAUCAAAUCUUGUUAUACAUCAGAGAAGUCACACAGGUGAGAAGCCAUAUUCCUGUUCUGAGUGUGGGAAAUGUUUUACACAGAAAUCAGAUCUUGUUACACAUCAGAGAAGUCACACAGGUGAGAAGCCAUAUUCCUGUUCUGAGUGUAGGAAAUGUUUUCCACGGAAAUCAGAACUUGUUACACAUCAGAGAAGUCACACAGGUGAGAAGCCAUAUUCCUGUUCUGAGUGUAGGAAAUGUUUUCCACGGAAAUCAGAACUUGUUACACAUCAGAGAAGUCACACAGGUGAGAAGCCAUAUUCCUGUUCUGAGUGUGGGAAAUGUUUUGCACAGACAUCAGCUUUUGUUACACAUCAGAGAAGUCACACAGGUGAGAAGCCAUAUACCUGUGCUGAGUGUAGGAAAUGUUUUUCACGGAAAUCAGAUCUUUUUAUACAUCAGAGAAGUCACACAGGUGAGAAGCCGUACGUCUGUUCUGAGUGUGGGAAAUGUUUUGCAUGGAAAUCAAAUCUUGAUACACAUAAGAGGAGUCACACAGGUGAGAAGCCAUAUUCCUGUUCUCAGUGUGGGAAAUGUUUUGCAUCAAAAUCAUAUCUUGUUACACAUCAGAAAAGUCACACAGGCGAGAAGCCAUAUUCCUGUUUUGAGUGUGGGAAAUGUUUUGCAUAUAAAUCAAAUCUUGUUACACAUCAGAGGAGUCACACAGGUGAGAAGACAUUUUCCUGUUCUGAGUGUGGGAAAUGCUUUACAUUUAAAUCAUAUCUUGUUAUACAUCAGAGAAGUCACACAGGUGAGAAGCCAUAUUCGUGUACUGAGUGUGGGAAAUGUUUUGCAUUGAAAUCAGUUCUUGUUACACAUCAGAGAAGUCACACAGGUGAGAAGCCGUAUUCCUGUACUGAGUGUGGAAAAUGUUUUGCAUUGAAAUCAAUUCUUGUUACACAUCAGAAAAGUCACACAGGUGAGAAGCCAUAUUCCUGUUCUGAGUGUGGGAAAUGUUUUGCAUAUAAAUCAAAUCUUGUUACACAUCAGAGAAGUCACACAGGUGAGAAGCCAUAUUCCUGUUCUGAGUGUAGGAAAUGUUUUACACAGAAAUCAGAUCUUGUUACACAUCAGAGAAGUCACACAGGUGAAAAGCCGUACUUCUGAAAUGUUUUGCAUGGAAAUCAGUUCUUGUUAAACAUCAGCGAUUUCACAGGUGAGAAGCCAUUUUCAUGCUGAGAGAUAAAUAAAUCCGCUCUUGUUGAACAUAUUAGACAUUACCGAAGUACGGGACCAUUUAAAUCUUCUGGAGUAUAAUCAUCACUGUCGUGCAAUGCUCCUCAAGGGUCAAUCCUAUCUCCUAUGCUUUAUAAAAUAUACAUGCUACCACUAGGUGAUAUAAUCAGACAUCAUGGCCUGGUCUGCCACUGCUAUGCAGAUGACCUGCUUUUUGCUCCAUGUACUGAGAACCUAAUACCAAUAAAUGGUUGUCUAGCUGAGCACCACGGGUGAAUGAUGGCAGCCCAGCAUUACAUGGUCCAAGGUACUAGAAGCAGCUUCUGCCUCCUUACUGCCCUGCUGGCUUCUACAGAUGAAGGACUGUUACCAGCAGUACCAAGAAUCUUCUGUCAUUCAUUUAACGGUUGAACGUUUAGCUUUGCAGGCCUGACCAUGGAACUCACUGCCUUGCACAGUCCAAGAGACCUCCACUCUACGACUUUCACAAACAGGCUGAUGACUUAUUCACGCUUUUCAUUAAUGUACCUCUAUUUACUUCCUAAAUAAUACAUCCCAAAUGCUUAGGUCUUUUUUCUGCUGUUUUAUUUUGUAUCUUGUGCUUUGUGUAAAUGUGAAUGUCUAAUACCAGUUUGCACAAUCUGUAUUGCUGCACGACAAUAUGGCGGCCAUUGGAACGUGUUU